GUUUGCGGGGAUCGCCCUCGGAGGGGCCGGCACGCGCUGUGUGCAGGCGGAUGUGAGGAGCAUCUCAAUUGGCGGGCGGGGGGAGCGGGAUCGGGCUGUUACUACUGCAGAGAGAGAGAGAGAGAGCGCGGGCGAGCCGGCGAGCCGGGAGCCGGCGGGCGGGAGGAGAGCCGCAGCGGCCCGGCCCGCCGCGAAGUGGAAAGAGGGGACCGCGACUUCGAGACCCCGGCCGUCCCCGUACUCGGGCCUCUGGGCGAGCUCACGCCGCACCGCGCACGGACGUCCGCGUAAUCUCCUCUGCCACCAUGAGGAACAUCUUCAAGAGGAACCAGGAGCCCAUUGUGGCUCCUGCCACUACCACCGCUACAAUAUCAACUGGGCUCUUAGACAACUCUACCGAGAGCGGGGGCGCUGGGGAGAGUAAGGAGGACAUGUUUGCCACGAUAAAGGACAAAUUCUUCAAUGAGAUCCAGAAGAUCCCCUUACCACCCUGGGCACUGAUCGCCAUUGCCGUGGUCGCGGGCCUCUUGCUUCUCACCUGCUGCUUCUGUAUCUGCAAGAAGUGCUGCUGUAAGAAGAAGAAGAACAAGAAGGAGAAAAGCAAAGGCAUGAAGAACGCCAUGAACAUGAAGGACAUGAAAGGGGGUCAGGAUGAUGACGACGCAGAGACUGGCCUGACUGAGGGAGAGGGUGAAGGAGAGGAAGAGAAAGAGCCAGAGAAUCUGGGCAAACUGCAGUUUUCCCUGGAUUAUGAUUUCCAGGCCAACCAGCUCACCGUCGGCGUUCUGCAGGCUGCCGAAUUGCCCGCCCUGGACAUGGGAGGCACCUCAGACCCUUAUGUCAAAGUCUUCCUUCUUCCAGACAAGAAGAAGAAAUAUGAGACCAAAGUCCAUCGGAAGACCCUGAACCCUGCCUUCAAUGAAACUUUCACCUUCAAGGUGCCAUACCAGGAGCUAGGAGGCAAAACCCUGGUGAUGGCCAUCUACGACUUUGACCGCUUCUCCAAACACGACAUCAUCGGAGAGGUAAAGGUGCCUAUGAACACCGUGGACCUUGGCCAGCCCAUCGAGGAGUGGAGAGACCUGCAGGGCGGGGAGAAGGAGGAGCCAGAGAAGCUGGGCGACAUCUGCACCUCCCUGCGCUAUGUGCCCACAGCCGGGAAACUCACUGUCUGCAUCUUGGAGGCCAAGAACCUAAAGAAGAUGGACGUGGGCGGCCUUUCAGAUCCCUACGUGAAGAUCCACCUGAUGCAGAACGGCAAGAGGCUCAAGAAGAAGAAGACGACGGUGAAGAAGAAGACGCUGAACCCCUACUUCAACGAGUCCUUCAGCUUUGAGAUCCCCUUUGAGCAGAUUCAGAAAGUCCAGGUGGUGGUCACCGUGCUGGACUAUGACAAGCUGGGCAAGAACGAAGCCAUUGGCAAGAUCUUCGUGGGCAGCAACGCCACGGGCACGGAGCUGCGGCACUGGUCCGACAUGCUGGCCAACCCCCGGAGGCCCAUCGCCCAGUGGCACUCACUCAAGCCUGAGGAGGAGGUGGACGCGCUUCUGGGGAAGAACAAGUAGGCAGCAGUGGCCGGGAGCCUGCGCCGUGACAGACACUGACAAGAUCCAGAGCUAUCAAUACCUCAGUUAUGCGACCUUAGAGGUUUUCUUUCUCAUUUGUUUGUGGUUGUGUCCUUGUUUUUCCUUCCUUCAUCUCUUUUUAAAGACCAACUUCCCUCUGAAGGCUGUGUGAGGAGAGUCCCCUAACAGGUGAAAGAGAAGCCUGGCUCUUUUCAUCGUCCCAGGAGCUGUCCUUGCUGCAUGCCCUGUCACGUUUCCCUCUCACUCCUUCAAAGCUUCUCUGAAGCCUCACCCUGAGUGAGGCCCUCUUCUGGCAGAAAGUCUCAGCACUUCCUGUUUUUCGAGCGUUCUGGACCAACAAAAUGGCAGCACAUCCUGUUUCCUGACAGGAAAGGCAACACAGUGGCCUAAGGUGUGUGUGUGUGUGUGUGUGUGUGUGUGUGUGUAUGUGUGUGUGUGUUUGAGUAUCUCUCUGCAUUCCUGGAAUGAGCCAUGGACAGUGAAGUUGUGUGGGAAGAGAAGGCUCUUCAGGGACUCUGAAAUGAAGAGACCUCCACUGUCUAAGUGGAAGAUCUGUCAACUCGUGGAGAGGGCUCAGAAUCCUGGCCAGAUGCCAGAAACUCCCAUACUCCUUGUGGGUGGGUGUGGGAGGCAAGAUGUGAAGACUGGAUUUGUCCAGAACUAGGACCAAACCCCUGAUGCCAUCAUAGACUUCCUCCCGUCAGGCAUGGUUUCCCCACAAGUAUGGUUUCUGGGACAUUCAUGGACAUGAACUAUUACUAGAUCGGUCAGGCUCUAACAAGGGACCAUCACUCCUGGGAUCUCACUGUUGUUGACAGUUAACAUCAAACUAUGAAGAAACAAAGACCCAUUACCUAGAAAGACCAAAUGAAACUCCUGGAUCUUCUUCAGUCCCUUCCAGUGGGAAACACAGAUGCUUUCUCCCUUUCCAGAAUAUAAGCUAUGCGGUUGAUUUGCAUUGAUUCCC